GCAACUGAAAGUUAACUAUAACAACUCGAAUCUCUGUGUAUUUUAGAACUAUUUGUACGGGACGGAGCCCAUUGACUUGAAUACUGUUUUCAUUGAUUCAAUUCAACUAAAUGCAACUACAACCGAAUGUCCCGAUGCGCAUCAAAAGUACACAAAUGUAAUGAAUAAAGUGCAAAAGAUUGUUGACGUGAAACCAAAAGUAGCCCAGGAUGUGACCGCCAUCCACGAGAAAUUCCCAUGCAAUGACAUCGCUCAUCACCUCAUCAGUCUUGCGGAUUUGCCUAUACUAUACGGAGCUAAUGUGACGAAAAUCAAUGGGUGCAUGAUCAUUAAGGAGGGUGGCUUCAUCGGAUAUGACUAUGAGAAAUUCGGGUUAGCCGAAUAUAUUUUAUCAACAAAAUUGCCAGAUGGAACUUUCCGUGGCAUAAUUGAUUUUGUAAAGGCAUGCGACAAAGUUGACGGGUCAGUCGAAGACAUUGAAAAGACACUGGAAUAUUACUACGACGUUGUACCGAAAGUAAAGUGCGAGAGAACUGAUGAAUACUGAGCGCAAACUAGCUGAAAUAUUUUUAAACUUGCAGCAAC